AGCUCCCCUCCGGUCUUGUGGAAGGAAGGCUCCCUCCCUCCGGGCUCUCCUGGCUCCCCUCUCCAGGGAUGGCGCUGUGACCCGGGACCCAGCUGGGCACCAGAGGACUCCUCCCUGCCACGGGAUGGGGGUGCUGGAGGAGGAAACCGGCGGAGCAGCUUCCCCACUCUCAGUUGCGCGUCUGGCGAUGGCGAUCAGAGGUCCUGCUGCGCUCUCUCUCCAUUAGCAGCGCUGAGACGCUUUGCGCCCUCGCUGGUGCCUCUCUCCUGGGUCCCGGGAUCGGCGCCUCCUUCCAGGCACGACCCCCUCCCCCGGCCCCUCGGCCUUUCCCCCACUCGACUGUCUCCGACCCGGGGCGCGUGUUCCCCCCGGCCCGGCUCCCACUCUCCCUCCGGGGACACCGCUCCCUAGCCCCAGCCCGGCCCUCCCCGCGGCGCAGCACGGAGUCUCCGCGUCCCAUGGCGCAACCCACGGCCUUGGCCCAGAAGCUGGUGCGGCCGAUCCGCGCCGUGUGCCGCAUCCUGCAGAUCCCGGAAUCUGACCCUUCCAACCUGCGGCCCUAGAGCG